AUGCGAUCCUGCGGAUCGACAAAGUCUAAACGCUGUUCGCAGGAUGGCAUUUACUUCGUUGAAUCGAUAGUCGCUGAGCGUUUGAUCAAAAACCACAAAUUCUACAAAGUGCGCUGGGAGGGCUUUGCUGCGGAAGAGGAGAGCUGGGAGCCGGAGGAGAAUCUGACGAAUGUUCGGAACCUAAUUUACAAAUUUCACCAGAGGAAGAAAUCCCGCAACCAGCUUCCAAUACCAUCCUCCUCCUCCGCCUCCUCAACAAAGACGAAUUCUCCACAAACAACUGCCGCUGCCACCGCCGCCGCCGCCCUUUCCUCCAACAGCGGCAGGUCGCGCGCCAAGACGGAAUUCAUGAAAGGCCAAAAACGGCGAAUUGGCAAAUCCCGCAGCGGACGAUUUGAAUAUGUCCCGAAGAAUGAGCUGGUCGCCCUAAAAACGAAGUACUUUGAUGAUAUUAGAGAUGGAAAAAUUGAUCUCACCUCAAGUGACCUCUACUCUCGGGUAAAAACCCGACGGCGUUGCAUUACAGAUGGUUCAGGCCACUCGGCCAAUGAGGAGGACUCACUCAGUCGUCCGGCCAGCCUUGCGGAGCUCACUAGCGACACCGACGCGGUAACACCGGCACGCUACAGUGAACCCUCAUCACCCAAACACUUGACACAGUCAACAGACGGAUCAAUAGACGACACUGUCUCCGCUGAUUCGGCCCCCUCUCAGACCGAUACCAGCACUCAUCACAGGGCCGAUCCAGAGGAUGCCUCCGGGGAGGCCUCCCUCCCUACGACCACGGAUGACUCAGCUGCCGGUCGACUUCCCAGUCUGAAGGGCAGACGGAAAAAAAUAUCGCGCCUUGGCGGUCUCAAACUGACUUUUUCCUCUUUUUCCAAACGGAGAACGCAGUUCCCUCGUCGACAUAGGUCUAAGCGGACGCGUUUUUUGCCCGCAUUUCGGCCUGCCCCACUGCAAACCGGUGAAAAGUUGUCUGCCGAGCCGAUAAAAAUCGAAGAACCAAUUAUUACGAAAGAAGCGGAACCAGAAGAAGACGUUGUAGAAGGAGGACUCGAAGGAGAAGAUAUUGAUCUGAUUAAGACUGAAGAUGCCAAGAAGGAGACCGUAGAACAGAUGGAUUCCAGUCCAUCCCAAUUUGAAAAAAAUUCACCCACACAGGAGUCCACGGUCAUUUCAGACGUGUUGGUGGAGGAAGCGCAGCAUGUAAGUUUGACAACUUUUUAUCCGCUUUCAUUUUGUUCAUACUUCACUCAAUUAUGCGAAACAACUUCUGCCUCAGACUUCCAUAAUAGGCUCUUUGUUUCGCCAAAAUGCGGAACUGGUUUUAGCUGAAAACAUUCCUGAGAAUUUGAAAAGGUUACAUACUACCUAGACGGAGUUUUCCCAUCAUUUGUUGUAGCGGAUGCAUGGUUCUCUAAGGCCCCUAAUCUACGCUCUCCUCCCUGGUCAUGCCGUUAGCGUGACGCUUGACAGAACGGGGAUUCAGCAGUUUUCAGUUAGUACUGUCCUGUGGGCUGUUCCGCAAGAUCCGAUUUAUGCAAAACUAGUUGUGGUGGGGGGCGCUCACCAAUCGUUCUUACGGAACUCACUCGUUCCGUUGUUGCCUUAUGGACCCUCUCUCGAGCCCAACCAGCAGCCGCACAGCGGCGCAUGAUAUAGGCAGAAUGAUAUCACCGACAAAGACAACGGUAAUAUCGGUAAUACCAUUCUGCUUAAAACGGGUUGUUUUUGAGAAAGGUUGCAUGGACUAAGAUGAUUACUGCAGCAGUGGAGAGGUCCCUUCUGGCUUACAGCUAUGCAGAUAUGAGGAGAAAAGGCUGCUUUCUUGCGCUUCGUAGUGGAAAAAGCUCUCAUCACCGGGGCCGGGUCCUCUACUCCGGCCUACAACAUUUAAAGGGUGACGACCGCGUUCACGCGCCCUUACUUAAGGGCCACUUUUGUAGUCUCUCCACCGAGGGGGGAGGCCGCAGGUCUGUUGCCAUGGUAACACCUGGCUUUGAACUCUCGGUCGUGCUUUCCAGUCAGGGACCCACGUGGGGGUGGGCGCGGUCAACGCCCGCGUCCUCGCACUUAUUUGCUGACGCAGUGACGUUCACACCCCCGAUUGCUCGGGCAGUAAUUGCUGCGUCUGUGUCCGAGGCAGGGCUGCACUCUCGUCAGUGUUUCUAUUGGUUGAGCCGCAAAUGUGGGGCUUGCUAGGCCGCAUCGAAUUUCACAUAGAGGUCAAUAGGAGCUCCUGUGUGCGGGGCUUCUAGGGUUUCUGUGGUCGUGUUGUCAUGCUCUCGACGCAAGAUUUCAGCGUCCCGGAAGGCGAGCGCGUGUCCAAAAUUAGAAUAGUGUUCCACCACCAGAAUUGAGAGAUCCACCCGCUCUGCGUACAAGCGUCCGUGGUCGCUUGUCCUCUAACGUUGCUCACGUCAUACCCACCGCAUUUGACCCAACAGACCAUGUACUCCGUUUGUCUCCUGACAGGUUAGCCCUAAGAGAUGACUGGCUGCUGUGGAAGGAUUGUUAGGAAGGGCUCUCCAGGCUUUACUUGUUUCGUCUUUGAACACUGGUCUAAACUACCUGCCGAGUUGACGAAGUCCCUGGCAUACCGGUUAGCAUGAAGUAGAUAUUGGCGUCCAUCCAUUGUAGUUCCUCUUGUUGCAGUACGUAUUCAGAUUCCUACGGGAGGUUUACACACAUCUGCACUCGUGUUAUAGUCCGUGCCAGCUGUGGUAUUUCAGGAUUUUAUGCAUGUUUGUGGAGUAUCGGUUUAUACCGUCAUAUUCUGGUUUCAACUUGUCUUUUAGUAUGCUAUUACCGACAAAGACAAGAGAGACUGGAAUGACCAUGUCUGGCUUAUUAGCCAUCGUCAGUCAGUCACACCUAACCCCGAAGUGUGGAACACCCGAGGCCCGAACUCGCGACCUCUUAGUUUGAAGUCCAACGCCUCUAACCACUGGACCACGGACUCGUUGUAUUCUCCGUCGCGAUCGGGAAUAUACAAUGGUAGAGGAGCGCUCGUCGAUCGUUUUUACGGAACUCACUCGUUCCGUUGUGCCUUAAUGUGUCUCUCGAGCCCAACCAGCAGCCGCACAGCGCUCGUCGAUCGUUUUUACGGAGCUCACUCGUUCCGUUGUGCCUAAAUGGCUCUCUCUCGAGCCCAAGCAGCAGCCGCACAGCGGCGCAUGAUAUAGGCACAAUAGCAUUAUCGACAAGGACAAUGGAUGGCCAUUUCUGGCUUAUCAGUCGUCGUCAGCCAGUCAUACCUAAACCCGAAGUGUGGAACACCCGAGGCUCGAACUCGCGACCUGGUAGUUAGAAGUCCACGCCUCUGGGCCACGCACUGGGCCAAAUGCCCGUUGCCCUGUCGGUUUCGAUCGGGAAUAUACAAUGGUAGGGGGCGCUCAACGAUAGGGACGUCCAGGAACGGCGGCUGGUUGUUGCCCUCCGCUUGCAUUUUGAACAGAUUUCAAUGUUUCAUAGGCCUCUGAUAUCACUGUCCGCAUGAAGGUUUCAAGAGUAUCGUCGACAUAUCCAGUCCGAUAUCGUUGUCUAUGGCUCGUGGUAAUUGGCUUAUUUAAUUUUUCGAUGAGUUCCUCUGCGACGAAGUCUGAAGUCGGUGAUUCCAUCGUCGUACCCUUAAUUUGCUUAUACGUUGUCACUUAGGAGUGUAUUGCCUCCUGAAUCAGUCGGUUGGGCUGCCCUCUUUUCAACGUCUUGCUCGACUCCCCGCAAUGGCUCUCAUAUAGUCGGGCUCGAAGUAAGGAUAAGGGUUACAGUAAGUGAUCUUAUGACCGCACCGGCGUCGAGUUGCAUACUGUCGAGUCUGCUAACAUCUGAGUAGCUCGACUGACUGCUGUAGGUGACUCCUAUGUGUGGAAUUCUAAGCAUCACAACAGUCAGUCUUCCCAGUGAGGCAUUGGGUCUCUGUUCUGUAGGUUGGCGAAUAUUUUUUGGAGUCACGCUACAAACCUCUUCACCAGCUCUCCGUCACAUUGAAGAUCUUCAUUUCCAUCCUCCAAGAGCGCAUUUGCCUCCUCAAGGCAUUUUGCCCUGUCGAGUGCGGUCGUAGAAUGCCCUUUGUCUGCUAGCCGUGCCGCAACGCCCAUGUCAGUGUUCUCAGAGCAUCCUGUUCCGUCACACCGUCACUGGUGUUCACCGCCAUUUUCGAAAAAAACAAAAUUGUCGCGAAGCCUCGAGCCAGUUAAUUGAUUUAUGUCCAUCAUCCCUCUAGACUAAAGUUGCUACAUAUGGGUCGUAUUGACAGCACACCAAACACUUUUACAAAUGUCCCAUUUAUUAUGGACUUCUUUUAGUCGGACCCCAAGUCCAUUGGGUCAGGCUAGGACUUUAUAGUAGUAUAGUAGUAUAUUUUAGGGUAGUAAGCAAUGUCCUUGACUCUAUUAAAAACGGUGCGUACUAUGUAAAUGUUAAAUGCACAUCGUACUAACAUUUUGCCAGUAACAUAUUAGUUUGCGUAUAAGUUUUUACAGUGCUGAACUGCUAAGGCCGCGGCAGGCGGUUUUUUCCAUGUACCUAUUCAAUGUUAAGUGGGGAACAGAAGAACGUACGGGGGAUUUACUGCGUUCAUGGGGGGCCACCAUUCUACAUGACUGGGCACGUAAUUGCCCAAAGUCUAAAUCAUAGGAGACAGGACUGUUAGGAUAGUUCACACUUUGACGGGGCAAAGAGACGGUCUGCAUAGGUAGUUGGGUGGCCUGCGUAGUUCUAUAGGCGAUGGUCCAGUUCACGAGGCUAAGCUAGCAUGCCAGCAGAAUUCCGAUUCUGGUGAUAUUUGGUCUUUCGACUGGACCGCCUAGUUGGCUGAAGGGUGCCCAUACAGGGCCUGGCGCUACGGCAGGCGCUUGGGUUGGGGAAGAGAUGAGGGCGGUAGCUUCGGCCCUUAUCGAUCACUUGAUGUUCGCUGGCCGGCUUAAGCCAGUUUUGCUCGAUCUGAUCUCGUAUUCAUGCCACCAGCCCGCCCAAAAUGCUUUAGGCAGAAUGACAUUAUCGACAGAGACAGGGGAGACUGGAACAGCCCUUUUUGGCUCAUUAGCCGUCGUCAGCCAGCCAAGCCCAACCCCAAUCUGUGCAACACCUGGGGCUCGACCCCGCAACCUGGUAGUUAGAAGUCCAACGCCCCAACCCCUGAGCCAGGGACACGUUGUUCUGCCGGUUACAAUCGGGUAUAUUAAAAUUGGCACAGGGCCGCGCAUAGAUCGCGCCACGGAACACUCUCAUUCUGUUAUGUCUCAGUUAGAGGUCUUGGACUUCCAACCAACAGGUCGCGGGAUCGAGCCCCAGGUGUCCCACACCUCGGGGUUGGGUAUGACUGACUGAUGACGGCAAAUAAGCCAGGAAUGUUCAUUCCAGUCUCCCUUGUCUUUGUCGGUAACGUAAUAAACAACACUUUCAGUGAAAAUGUUGUUCUCUAAACAUUUAUUUUCUUCAAAAGCGCCCCGUCGUAGUCAGCUGAGAGCCUUAUCUGUUAGUAGACAUAAAUGGUCUUCCGCAAAUAAAAGUGACAAAAUGGCAAGUCAGUUCAGAAGUCUCAAAACUUUCUUCACAGGUGACAAUUCUUUCACUUUGGGAUUUCUUCACAAAUGGCAUUUUGGGGGAAUUUAUCCGAUCAACUGGCUUUCGCAAGGUUAUCGCUGGGAAGGUUAACAGAGUUGCCAAUCAGGUUGUAGAAGUUUAUUUUAGAAGCGCCACUAAAGCACGAAAACGUUUGGUUAUUUGAGUCCCUCAGAUAUGAACAGAGCUCGAGCUCUAAGACCGUCCGUCUUCAAAUACUCAUAUCUGUCUUCAAAUGCGCCCGUGGAAACUUCCAAAAGCAAGCUGACUAAUUUGAACAAAGCAAACGUCACAAAUGAAGCAGAUUGUAUAUGUGUCGAAGACUGUCGAAACCUCUCGCUCACGUAUCCGGAGUCGUUGCAUAGAUGCAGGACUGGGUUCGCGGCUUGUGGAAGCAGUACGGAAAAUUAAAAUGGUAUAAGAUGGCUAGAUCGCAGGAAGGAACCCGAUUAAAAUGAUAUCUCGUAAUUUGAUGACGCCACUGAAUUGACCUUUACUCGCAAUCUCGGCCUUUACAACAGUUAAUGAUUAUCCUCAUCUAUGAAUGACGCAAGCCAUCUGGUGGAUUCUAGGUGAAUUACUUAGGAAAUCCUGCCUGGACAGUCAACCUACUGUAUCAGAUUUGGUGGAUUCCAGACGUUGCAGUAGGUUGGGCGGGUAACUUGACCCAAAUCUGAUUAAACUCGCGACGUCCAGCGGGGCCUCUUAGCUCAAGUGGUUAGGGCGUUGGCUGCACCAGAGCCUUCUCCUUACUGCGUGGGUUCGAAUCCCACCGAGGCGCCGAGUUCGUCACAGUUUGGUCAAUAUGAAUUGUAUAAUUUCAUAAAUUUGUUUAUUAUCUAGUCCAGGAGGUUUCCAUGCAUCUAGCUGCCAACCAGAGUGGGCAUAUCGUUCAGGAAAGAAUACCGACAAUGGGACGGGCACGUCUCUAUUGCCCUUCCACCAUAGUCAGUAUUCCCGAUCACAACCGACUGGACAACAACUCCGUGGCGCAAUCGCACAGCUUCGGACCAGUUGUCGCUUGCUGCACAAAAAACCCGGCCUCGAAUUCCAGACCAUGCAGACCUGUGUUGGGUAUGUCUGACAGAUGACGGCUGAUAAGCCAGAAACGGCCAUACCAGUCUCUCCUGUAUCGGUCAGUAUUCCUUCCGGCACCUGCCACUGUUCGCUAUGCGACUACCUGCGAAAGUUCAAGACAGAGCUCCACCUGAUCGGUGGUGAACGUCCUUCCACUAUAAAAUUUAGUUCAGACAUUUCUGAAGAAAUAUUGCGUGAUUCGGCCUUUUCGACAGUCGCUCGAGGUUUGUCAGUCCUCGUUGGCGUCACUGUUGAGCGUAAUGUCAACAGCAGUUGGAACGUUCGCACUCAUCGUCUUCAGUAAGGAUCCUGCCUCAAAGUCAUUUUUAUGCAGAUCAUUUUUUGAGCAGAUCGUGCAUGCUCAGUAACGAAGCGGGGAUUCACACAUCCCGUUGUGCCUUUUGGCUCUCCCUCGAGUCACGCCAACAGCUGCACAGCAGCGCGUAAUACAGACAGAGCAGCAUUACCAACAAAGACAAGGCGGGGGGGGGGGACUAGAGUGCCGUCUCCGGCUCGUAACGCGACGGGUGUAUCCCCCUCUACCAGGCUAUGUUGUCUGUGAUGUAGGUUUACUUGCCGACAAACUACGCCCCCUUCUCCUGUUUUGCUUUAUCCUCCAGGUGGAAGGCGCGAAGGAGGAGCCGCCCCUGCCUGAACCCCCAGAACCUCAACAGUCUGUUCCGCUGGUGAGCGAUCUCCUGUCCUACUACUUCAGUCUCUGUAACCAGAACAGGAAGGAGGAGGAGGAGCAGGGGCAGGGGAAUGCGACGGCAGCAAGCAAAACCGAAACCAUCAACCAUGACCUGCAGUGCAGCUGUUCCAGCGACUCAAGUCUGGCUGCCUUCCCCUGUCUAAAACCUCUCCAAGACGGUUUCACCAUUGAAACGCCGACUGAUCUCCUGGCUGCCAUCAAGCACCAACAGUGGACCCUGCUGGCCACACUGUCCUCCUCAAGUCUGGCCAACCUACUCAGCGAGAGCCAGCCCAGCAAUGGAGGCGACGCCGUUAUGGCACCUCCGAUGGAACCCCGAGGGGGCGCACAGAGUGCCCUAGUGGCGGCCAUCAUCGCCGGUGAGGGCAGACCCUACCUGCUGCAACGUCUGCUGGACUGCGGCGGUGGUGGUGAUGCCAACUUUGUGGACCCCCUGUCGGGUUGGCCUUUGCUUGUGAUUGCUGCCUACUUUGGUCGAAUUCAGGCGGUGCAAGUGCUGUUGGAGGCCAACGCGAAUCCCAACGCUGCGGUGACUGUGAAUGGUCGGUGGAUGACAGCUCUGGCCGUGGCCAUCACUGCCGGGGAUGUGGAUAUGGCCAGCUUGCUAAUCCUCUAUGGGGCGAACUUUUACAAUGUACGUUUACCCCUUUCUGAACCCCCCCCUCCCUUGUUAUCAUCUUAUUCGCCCCGUCUUCAUAACCUGCUUAAUUGUUAUUAAGUUAGGCAUCUCCGAAAAUUAUUAAUUCAAGACUGAUGCAUAAAUGCACAGCGCUGAUGGUAACAGUUUAUUGUACCUGUUACAUGAUCGCUGGAACUAGGGCCUUAUUCGCCGGACGUUUCAGAUUCCGGCUCGAACCUAUCAUCGGAGACAAUAGCAGAUGCGGGUAUUUCAUGCACAAUGAACUACAGGAUGCAGUCGCCAUGCUACCGCACACUUAUGAAGAUUCACGGCUCCCCCCUUAAUCAGGGAUUGUUGCACUUAGUGUAAUGAUUGUUUGGUAGCCGACAUUCGCGUCGCUAAUCACUGCAAUUUCUUCACGGGUGUUGGAUGUUGGUGUGAUGGUUGCUCGACGAUCUGACCCGCAGUGUUCGUCUGUGCGCUCCCCGCGUGGCUGGUUUCUCCGCCUAGGCGAAGUCUCAGCACCGAGUAUUGAAUAGGAAAGUCAUUACACUUGUUAAUGGAAUGGGGUGGCCAGUAAACCAUGACUCAAGCAGCUCCCCGCUCACGUGGUUAUCAUCUCUUGCGAGAAUUUCUGCCUCGUCAAAUUUAAAUGUGUGGCCGGAACCCGUCGAAUGAGCCGCAACUCCAGAGCUUGUGUUGUUUUUACACACUGCUGCGACGUGCUCAGCCAUUCUCGUUCUUAGCUAGCUUUCGGUUUCUCCGACGUGUAGUUGUUUUGUCCGCAACUGCAUCAGAUCCGAUAAACGACUCCAGAUGCAUCUUGCCUUGACAGUGGGUCUUUCGGUUCCAUUACCUGACGCCUGAUGCCCGGUCUGUGUGCAACUCUAAUGCCCCAGUGUUGCGAGAAGGCUGCCGACGGCUUUCUAAACGUUCUUGACGUACGGAGGCGUUCACAAAAAUUUGGGGUCUGUGCGAUUUGGAUUUUCAUCCCGUUUGCGUAUGCACCGUUUGACGAAUUUUUGCGGGUAGCAGUCUUCUCUUUCGGCUCAAUCCAGCCAAAUGCACCUGAUGCGCUUUUAAACUACUCCAUGUAUGGCCCUCUUGUCGAAUUUAACUCUUUGAGUUUACUGCGGACUCCAUAUCGCCGGAGUAUUAAUCAAAAGGCGAUAAUUUAGACCCCCUAUAGUUCAGUUCAGUGCAGUUCAGUACUUUUAAGGGUAAUAGACGAUGUCUUGGUUAUUGAGUUAUGGGUAAGAUGUGAUUUGGUAGCCCCAUCUGAUAGACACAAUGCCGUUGGGGUUGGGGUUAGAGUUUGGGUUCCGGACAAUGGUAAGGGGUUAUGAUUUGGGCUUAGGGUUAGAGAUCAGGGUUAGGGGUUAGGGUUUAGGAUUAGGGGUUAGAGUUAGGGGUUAAGGUCAGGGUUAGGGGUUAACGUAACUAUUUCUCACCCAUCCAAAGUACAACCGCGCAUUCCCAAUAGCUUUUCUUUUGCAUACAACUACUCGACCUCGUCGCCUGUGCGUUCCCCGGCCCCACCUCUAUAAAAACUUAUUACCACCGGUCCUGUAUUAGAGGUGACUGGGGUUUGCUUACUUCAGGUGUCGCUAACACACCACAUCCGACUGACUUAUCAAUUUCUUGAUGACUGAAUUAUAGAUAUCUAUGCUGCGACCGUGUGUUCAUCGUCAAGGGCGGCAAUAUUGACCUUGGUAGUGUUUAACAAUCAGGGGUCUGUUUUACACUGGUCAGCUUGAUAGGCGGUGUCCGACAAAUCACGUCGUACUUCCCACGGCCCAACCAACUCGCUCAACGUCUUCCUCGCGACUUGUUCGACAAUCGCAACUAACUUUCUCAUCCUGACUCGCAGGGCGAGCCUGCUACAUUCCGAGCUGCACCGUCUACUGGCUUGCAAGGCAAAACUACCAGACGCAGAAAUUAAACAGGCACACUGUCGAAACCUGUUACAUUUUCGGUUCUUGUAAGUAACACUCGCACGGCCAGAAAAUUUUCGUCAUCCUAACGCAGACUGAAUUAGGUAGUCUUGCGGUCAAGAGGAAUGUCGAUAAUUCACACGGUUGGAAUACGUUCCAAUCGUAGCUCGAUGACUGGAAGCGCAUACGAGAGGUCGGCUGUUCGACCCACAGUUUUGUCGGCUUCCUCUAUUCCACGCAGCUUCCAUUGAGAAACCAAAUUUCUAAAUGCUAGAAUUAUUGACCAUGACAAGUUUUAUAUGUAUUAAAACUAGUGUACUUCUUGCGUACAGUAUUAUACUCGCUUUGUGACUAUUAUCUCCUGGAGGAAUGCCUAUUUUGAUUAGUGUGUCAAGAACACGUCACAUGGUUUGAAAUGGAUACUGCCGCAUCUCUACUGUUAACAUGACAGCCAAAAGUCAUCGCGGUACUCAUGUAUCCUGGUAAUGCCCCGCCACUAACCAGUAAACAUGCCGUUUGCUUAAAAAGGCUUUCAAGUAGAAAAUAAAUGCAAUUGUGUAAUUAUUUACCAUACUGACAACACAGGUACUAGCUAAAGGCUUUUAGUUAUUACCUCUGUUGUCCAUGUAAGAGACAAAGCCCUCCCUCUUCUUUGAAGUUUGUUCCGCGGGGUGUUGACAUUCAAAUUGGGCGGCUGCUUAGCCCAGCCCCGGUCCUCUUGACUUUGUCUUAAUGUUGGAACAUGCUGCGUGAAGUAGGCGCUGAGUAAGGCACACUGUGUCCUCUCCAGGACAAGUGUCGUUCCCGUCACUUGCGGUAGUAGAAGUAUCAGGUGCCUAAAUUUGCCGUAACCUACUCCUGCUGCCCAAUCAGAUGUCAACGCUAGUGUUCUCCUCUCAGAACAUGAGCCAGAAGAACGUUGCGCUGGGGAAUCACUCCAGUUUCUUUACACCGUCCCCCAUGCCCCCGCAGGCAGGUAAAUUGAUCUAG